AUGUCUUCCCGCUUGGUUGGUUUCAGCAUUGGUUCGAGUUCCAACAUAGAACAGUCGAAGACGGCGUCUCACCGACAAUCAUAUGACGACGAAAAUCAGUCCAUAGAGUUGCUGCUGUUCGGCAAACGACCACUGAUGUUUGUUAGUAAACCUGGUUCUCUUCUUCGUCAAUCAUUGAUUCAGAUCAAUCCAAACUCACUCGAGAAUAAUGCUUCUUUCGAUUCAUCGGCUUUGUUAUCAACAGUGAAGAAUGCUACUAUCACCAGCAACAACUCGAGCAUCUCAUUGGAACAAGCAAACUACGAUAUCGAAAUUAAGAAGCCGCCCAGGUUCCCCCUUCCGGAAAAGGCAAACACACAGCAGGAGUACGGAACUUCUUCUACUACAGACGAAGUGUACUACGAGGCUUCGCUUGUUCUCCAGCAAGAAAUUGUACCUCCGACUUCAAACAAUUCAAUUGUGGUCCCCAAAUCUCUUUUUCAAACUCAUACUGCCAUAGACAGCUUACCUACCAAGUACUAUCCCACUUUAUUGCUGGAGAGAAUCCCGCCAGUAGUAUCUGUCCAAAUCCAGCCUCAAAUGAGAAGAGAAUUGUCCAAAGACAGAACACCUUUGGAUUAUAAAAAACUCAGUCUGUCCUUCAGUUUUGCGGAUGAUCAUUGCUUUGCUGCUCCACUAUGCGAGAGAGCAAAUGCAUUGCAUGAGGAGCAAGCGUUGUUACAUAUUCUUGAGUUCGAAAUGGAGAACCUCAGCCCAAGUGGAAACAUGAAGAAAGACUUCUGGAAACAAUUUGUAACAGGAUUUAUGUCUUUUUUUCACUUUUCAACCGAAGACUAUUACGAAAUGUAUCCUUGGGCAAAAUAUACAAUCCGAGACCACUCGGUGCCUUCAAUUGGAAAGAAUCAUGAAGUGGACUUGGACGACGUCUAUGUCUUCAUUUACAUGUGA